AUGGCACCUUCGUGGCCGCCUUCAUCAGGCCAAACACUCGAUCAUCCACCAUCGUCCCCUCCGUCUUCUGAUCUCCAUCACACGUCAGCAUCACCGAGAACGCACACAAGCAGCAUGAUGCCAGCCCAAGAAGAAACAGCUUACAUUGCUGGUGCAUCAGCUCUUGAGUCGAACAAGCCCGCUCAAGCAGGCUUUCCCUUCUUGUCGCUUCCACCUGAGAUUCGCAACAUGAUCUACCACUACAUCUUCACUCCUGUGAGAGAUGGGAAAUGUUUGGCGAUUCACGCUCCCUGGGAUGCUCAUCGUCUGCAAGGUUUUCGUCGUGAAUGCAGUCUCUGCCGACUCAACAUAGAACAUGACACCUGCUUUGCAAGGUUCAACCAUGAGCAACACUUAUCCUAUGCCUUCGAACUUCCGCACAACCAUGUACAGUCCGGUAUCCUACGAACAUGUCGUACUGUCAUGAGGGAAGCCUCGCCCGUCUCGUUGGCACAUAUGCACAUCAGCAUGCAUUUAUCUUCUCACGACUCGGAUUUUUCCUUGAGAUGCUUGAAAAGAUUACUGGCAUACAUGCGUCAACCUGGAGGGGCGUAUCUAUCAAGACUCACGUACACAUGCUACACGUUAACGGCAGAAACCAUGAGGCUUCUAAUUCAGAUCACGAAUCGAGGAAACAUCAGCAUCGGAUAUCUUGUAUUAAUCACAAGCUCAUCAGUCAAUCAUCCUGACGCUGCCAAACUUUUCGUCGCAACCCUGGACAGUCUUGAGCACAAGCCAGCAAGAGUAGAAUGGUUGUAUCGCUAUACCCGGUUGCCGGAUGAAUAUAACAAUGACAGGAAGGAAUUCAACGAGGCUGCUCGGAAAUGGCUCGUACAGUCGGCAAAGAUUAAGGUUACUGACUGCAAUGCUGCGUUGCCUCUGCUUCAAGACCUCCUCCCUCAGUACUUCGACCAGUCAUCAGACUCAUCAGACUAA